AUGGGCUCCCGCUUAGAGAAGAAUUCCGAGUCGGUACGCAAGCGCAUCGCGAGCCACCAGUUCGACAAUGAAGAUGGCGAAGAGUAUCGUGGGUCGGCAUUUGGAGGCUUUACCGACUACUUCAGGCGCAAGAAGAUAAAACUUCAAAACUUAGAUGCCGACAUCCGAUCGCAAGCGGGCGACAAACCUCAGAUCUUCAAGGGCAUUGUGGCGCACGUGAAUGGCUACACGCAACCAUCGCUCAACGACCUACAUACCCUUAUAGUCCAGCAUGGCGGCGGCUUCAUGCAAUAUCUCGAUGGGAAGACGACCGUAACACACAUCAUCGCCAGCAGUCUUACCCCAAAGAAGGCUGUCGAGUUUCGGAGGUACCGCAUCGUGAAGCCCGCGUGGGUCGUCGACAGUAUCCAGGCGGGCAAGUUGCUACAGUGGAACCAGUACCGCAUUGUAGAUGAAGGAGAAAAGCAGAAAGUGCUCGCAUUCGACAACGGCAACAUCACUGCUCAGGCAAACAUCAAAGCAAGAGGCUAUCGAGAACAGACAGAUGCCAGUUGGUAUAAAAGUCAGUCGAGGGGCAGUCAGGCGGGUCCUGCUAGUACCCCAAAACCGACAAGUAGCAUGCGCGCGCGCUUUUCAAGUCAAAAACAAAGGUUUUCCACACCAGACGACGACAUUGAGGAUCUACCGCCUUCCCAUCAAACAGAGAUUGAGUCUUACUCAUCGACAUCCGCCAAUUUGAGUAAUUCCACGAAGCUAGUCACACCACCAAAGACCAGCCCCUCACUAGCCCCCGUCGACACAGACAAUAUUCCGGAUGAUGCCCAUGAUAGUCUUUAUGCCGGUCCGAGUUCCCCUCCAGCUCAACAGACAGAGUCCGGUCAGGUGGAGAACCCAAAGGAAGCAAUGUUCAGCGGAUCAGAUAUCCCCGCUCCCAAGAAUAGAGGGCUUACAGCUGAGGAACACAACGCAAUACUUUUGCGGGAUCCCAAAAUUCGUAAAUCCACAGUUGUGGAUCCUAAUUUUCUAGAACAAUAUUACCGAGAAUCACGCUUGCAUCAUUUGUCGACAUGGAAGGCGGAGCUGAAAUCUCAAAUGCAGGCAUUGGCGAGCGAAAAGAGUUUAUCGCAAGACGCCAAACAGAGACGUCCGCACGGUGCCGGACGGUACAUCCUCCAUGUUGACUUUGACAGUUUUUUCGCUGCAGUCAGCUUGAAGAAGCACCCAGAGUACAAGGACAAGCCAGCUGUGGUAGCCCAUGGACAAGGCAGUGGGUCUGAGAUUGCAAGUUGCAAUUAUCCUGCGCGGACAUACGGAGUCAAGAAUGGCAUGUGGAUGAAGCGGGCUCAAGAGCUUUGUCCAGACCUGAAAAUUCUACCAUAUGACUUUCCGGCCUACGAAGAGACUAGUCGUGCGUUCUACGACGUGAUUCUUUCAACUGGGGGAUUAGUACAAAGCGUCAGUAUCGAUGAGGCACUCGUCGACGUGUCUAAUCUUUGUAUUUCGGUUGGUGGGAGUGACGGCAAGGCACACUCUGAAGGCAGCGUAUACCGAGAACAGGCAAAGGCAAAUGAGAUUGCGCUGAACCUGCGGGAUGAAGUGAGAUCGAGGACGGGUUGUAACGUGUCCGUUGGUAUCGGGGGCAACAUUCUCCUCGCCAAAGUCGGGUUGCGCAGAGCAAAGCCUGCCGGUCAAUAUCAGAUCAAGCCAGAAGAGGCCUUGGAUUUUAUAGGUCAGCUCCAGGUACAAGACCUACCAGGCGUUGCAUGGUCGAUUGGUGGUAAAUUGGAAGGGCUUGGCAUAAAACUCGUCAAAGACAUCCGUGAACUGACCAAAGAGAAGCUCAUUCAGACGCUUGGACCCAAGACCGGCGAGAAACUCUACGAAUAUUCAAGAGGUAUAGAUCGCCAAGAGGUCGGCGAACAGGUUGUCCGCAAGUCUGUAUCCGCGGAGGUCAAUUGGGGUGUCCGAUUUGAGAAUCAGGAGCAAGCCGAUGAAUUCAUCGCAAGCCUAUGUGGAGAGCUUCAAAAGCGGCUGCGCAAAGAGAAAGUCAAAGGGAAGCAGUUCACAAUGAAAGUCAUGCGACGCUCACCAGAUGCUCCUCUUGAUCCAUCUAAGCACCUUGGUCAUGGCAAGUGUGAUACCCACAACAAAAGCAUACUGCUCGGUGUCGCAACCAAUUCGAGCGAAGUGCUCACCAAGGAGGCUCUAGCCAUAGUGCGGGGCUUUGCCUUCACACCAGGUGAGCUCCGAGGCAUUGGUAUCCAGAUGACAAAGCUCGAGCUCAUGAAGAGCCCUACUGAUGGAAGUCUCGACGGCUCACAACGAAGGCUUCAAUUUAAAGUUGGGAAUACGGAAUCGGUUCGUGCGCAACGAGUGCCGAAGAAUGUCGAGGAGGACCCAAUUCAGGAUGACCCAGAAACUCCACGGAAAUCCAAAUCGGCAUACGAGAACGACCAUGUUGCAUUCGGUGCCCAAGCACUGAACGCUUCAACGCCAUCUCAGCGCCCACUGAACACAUUGGGCACGCAAUUCAUUUUGCCUUCACAAGUCGACCCUAAGGUAUUGGUAGAGCUACCGGAGGAUAUACGAACGAAGCUACAGCGUCAGACUCGAGCAUCAUCACCAACACCCCUAUGA